GAAUCCUCUCCCAUUAGGCAAAAACACACCUGACUAACAGGAGGACUUCACUCCAUCACAGAGCAGCGUGCAGAACGGCCCACAGGCUUACAUCACGUCACUGCCAGGCAGGAACAACAGAACACAGCAACACCCUUCCAGUCUCAGCUGAAACACAGAGAGAGAGAGAGAGAGAAGAUUCAUUUGAAGGAAAGGAACACAUCCUCUGCGCAACACAAUGGUGUCUGCUGGGUUUCAAAUCCUGGGCACAGCUCUGGGGAUCAUCGGCUGGAUCGGGGCCAUCGUCGUGUGUGCCCUUCCCAUGUGGAAGGUCACCGCCUUCAUUGGCAGCAACAUUGUGACCUCGCAGACCUCCUGGGAAGGUAUCUGGAUGAACUGCGUGGUGCAGAGCACAGGUCAGAUGCAGUGUAAGGUCUACGACUCCAUGCUGGCCCUCAGCUCUGACCUCCAGGCUGCCAGGGCCUUGACCAUCAUCUCCAUCGUGGUGGGAAUCCUGGCCAUCCUGCUUUCCGUAGCCGGGGGGCAAUGCACCAACUGUGUGGAGGAUCCGACGUCCAAGGCCAAGGUGGGCGUUGCUGCCGGCGUUAUGUUCAUCAUAGCUGGGAUCCUCUGCCUCGUCCCAGUGUGCUGGACGGCUCACACCAUCAUCCGAGACUUCUACAACCCGCUCAUGGUCAGCGCACAGAAGAGGGAGCUGGGCAUAACCAUGGCUUCUCAAGGCCUCCAGAUGUUGGGCGUGCUGCUGGCCUUCAUUGGCUGGCUGGGUACCAUCCUAACAUGCGCUCUGCCCAUGUGGAGAGUCACCGCGUUCGUCGGCGCCAACAUUGUCACCGCGCAAGUGAUCUGGGAAGGCUUGUGGAUGAGCUGUGUGGUGCAGAGCACUGGCCAGAUGCAGUGUAAAGUGUACGACUCCAUGCUGGCCCUGCCGCAGGACCUGCAGGCCGCCAGGGCCAUGGUUAUCAUCGCCGUGAUCGUCGGGGUGUUAGGCGUCCUUAUGGCUGUGGUCGGAGGAAAGUGCACCAACUGCAUGGAGGAUGAAGGGGCCAAAGCCAAAGCAUGCAUUGUUUCUGGUGUGAUCUUCAUAAUAGCUGCCUUACUGAUCCUGAUCCCCGUGUCGUGGUCAGCUCACGCAGUGAUCAGGGACUUCUACAACCCAAUGGUGAUUGCUGCUCAGAGGAGAGAGCUCGGGGCUGCGCUCUACCUCGGCUGGGGCGCCGCCGGGCUGCUGCUGCUGGGAGGAGGAAUGCUGUGCAACAACUGCCCACCAAAAGACGAGAGACCCUACGUGCAGGCGAAGUUCGCCCCUGCGAGAACCGUGUCUUCGAACAGGGACUAUGUGUGAGUGGCCGCAUCACGUGUGCCAAGAGUUUGAUUCAUUUCCUAAUUGUGUACCAACAAUUAGGAAAUGUACCUGAAUAUUUUUUGUAACUGUAAAUAAUUUUGAAAAUGGAAUACUGUAAUGAGUGAAAACCAUUCAUUCUUUGAAGCAGAAGAACUGAUACAAUGAGUCUGUAACGUAUGUAGACAUGUUCUUUGUUGCUCGCCGUUGCCUUUGAAAGCCAGAAAAUAAAGUGUCUUUGUUCAUACUCUU